AUGGAAAGAAAUAAUGCACGACCAAUGACUACCCGCACUGCACAAAGGCAUCAACAACUGGAGGAUGAUGAUAAAAUAGCUCGAGAAUGGGCUCUAGAGGAAGACACUCGGAUAGCUGCGAAAUUACAACGAGAUUGGGAAAUGGGAAUCGACACAGAUUGGAGGAUUGGAAAUUCAACAAGGCCAAAUACUUCAAAGGCUGGAUUUCCAUUCCCCAACGACCAUAACGAAGAUGCUCUUGAUGACGAUGAAGACGAUGCGCCAGAAGAUUCGCGGUAUCCAUAUCAACAAUCGCGAAACAUGACUUUUUCAAACAAGGAUUUGGAUGACUUGUCACCUUCACAACAACAAUCACCAAUGAUGUCAAGAGGCCUGGAUCAAUUCGAGCCAUCUUCAACGCCAACUUCCGACGAUUAUUAUGCCAUACCAGGAAUUUCCAAAAAACCCCCAGCUGCUGUUUCAACGGCCAUGCAGCAACUCGUCGCGUACAUUGGCGCUUAUCAUCCAGAAAACAUUGAAUUAGACCCGAUAUUGAAAUGUUUUAUACCCGAGUUCUUACCAGCAAUACCUGAUCCUGAUCCCAUGAUGAAGGUUCCUCUCCCGAACGACGAUCCCAAGAUUGAUGGUGCUGAAAAUUUGGAUUUUGCUGGUGUUCCUCGUUUAGGGUUGACUGUACUUGAUGAGCCAAGUACAAAACAGUCAGAUCCUGCUGCUUUGAGUUUGCAGUUACGAGCUCUGCAAAAGUCGUCUCAGAAUGACGACACAAUGGCAGUCAAGACAAUUGAUGUGCCCAUCGCAACGCCAGUUGGAAGGAAGGCUCUGCAGUCAUGGGUGUCUUCCGUGAAUCAGAUGCAUAUCAAGCCAUCUGAAACAGUCACGUAUUCCAAGAUGAUGCCGGAUUUAGAGGACUUGAUGCAAAGAUGGCCACAAGGAGUUUCCGAGCUAUUAAUCGACAAGGAGUCUCUUGGCAUCGAUGAAAUUGAUCUAAAUCUCAAGGAUGCUAGUCAAUUGGUCUUAGCUCUGAUGGAUAUACCAGUCCAUCCUGUGAAGACACCAGCAGCUAGUAAUAAGAGCAGCGGCAGACAACCACCAGUCAAGACUCGACAACUAAUUGAGUCACUACAUGUUUUAUUUUCGUUGUAUUUGGAGUUUGAUGAGCAUGGGCACUUCGGUGGUAGACUCUGA